AUGGAGAACAGCCACAGAGACUGGUUCGAAGCCGAGUUCCGAGCUUCGGACGAGCGUGAAGCUGUCGAUCUGAAAAUGUUUCGAUUAUUGCAGGAAGGAGCUGGUCAAGUGACGGUCGUGCAGAUUGAGCAGCCAGAAGUCAUGCAAAGGGCUCUUCCUACGUCUUGCCAGGGGACGAUCGAAGUUGAGUUGCCUCGGCUUGCGCAAAAAGUGUAUCCAAUGCUGAUAGCAGCUGAUGCUGGCUUCCUAGCCUGUGAAGUUAGGACCAGGGAGGAUGUCUUCAGCAUGAAGCACGGUGCGCGAGAGAUGUUGUGGUGCCAAAAAGGUUCCGACACUGAUGAGUGGACUGUCCGGCAACGGCAGCAGGUGAAAACGCAAGGCGAGUGGUUUGUGGGAAGUUUCAUCAUUCCACAAAGUGAUUCCUCAUUACCACACUAUUUGCUAUGUUUCUUCCUGGGCAAUCACAGCCGUGUGGAAGAUGGUGAGCUGAAGCGAAUGUCUCAGAACUUCGGUUUGGGCGGCAUCUUGUUUGUCGAGCUUUGGAGUUGGACCCCGUCAGGAAUGAGCCGGCUGGCGGUUGAUGCAGUGCACACUGGCCAUUCAAUGAGCAACGUGUCAUAUGCUGCAGCACAGGUGGGGACGAACAACUUCAUAUGCAGCAUCGACGACCGCUUCAACGACGACAGCUUCCAGCUGGUAGGGUUUCGCGUAGACGUCGCUAGUGAUGCUAGUGAGGCCAAGCUUUCCAGAACUACAGAUUUCUGGGCACCAUUGCCGCGGGAAGCCUCUUGGACACUUACACCUCUGUCCGUGCUGCAGUCCUCCGUCCAGCUAGCCUCGGCCAGGGUGCAAUUGGUGCGGAAGUUCUGCUUCUAUGUGACGAUCUGUUUUUUUGUUGUGCCGCAGACCAGCAGCUCUCCGACGCGAAAAAGCUUCGCCUUUGCUGGGCCAUAUCUGCACGGUGCAGAGGCUGAGCAGUUGGAGGAGGAAUAUGACACGGUACAGUUGAGCGUCUGCAACAACGGGCAGAACAUGCUUCUACGAAUCGAGUACAAAGCAAAAGUAACGCGCCUCAAGCUAGAGGAGCGAACUGUGACAGUCUUACUUUCGCGUGAGGCUGAAGUCGUGAACAUAGUGUGGGAUUCGGCGACUUCGAGCACAUUCCAUGGGGAGGGCCAGCUUCCUCUUUACACAGACCACAUUCAGAACCAAAUGUCCCUGCAAGAUAUCAUGCUGGGUUCUUCCCCACAGGGUCCUUGUCCUAAGUGGCAAGGACGCUGUUACACAAAAAAGGUGUCGGCAUGA